GAAGCAACAAAAUAGUACGCUGGUUAAAUUAGCAAGCAGAGACAAAUCCACCCACGUAUCUUACUCGACAGCAGCUCCCCCACACAUCAAACGACAAAAAGGCACUGUUCCCCUUUUCGUGAGUUCUCAAACUCCACACAACACACUGCUUCUGCUUUUCCUUUCCUUUUCUUUCCUUUCCCCGUACCAUCGGUUCGCUGCAGCACACCAUUAAAACCACUCCCAACACAACACAGACUCCGAAACGAAACCCGAAACCCUCGUCGCAAUGGCGGAGGAGGAAAAGCAUCGGCUCCAAGAAGACACCGACAAGCUCUUCUGCUCCUACAUAGGCGCGAGCUUCUCGAUGUUCCUCGCCAUGCUGGCGAACAACUCCGUCCCAGCGCUGCAGGGCAAGGUGCGGUCCCUCUCCCUGCGCGCGGCGGAGGCGGCGGAGGAGCUCCGGCAGAUGAAGUCGCGGCGGCAGGAGGACUCGAAGGCGAACGCGCGCGUGGUGGAGAUCUUCGCCUCGCACCGGAACGCGUGGCAGGCGGAGGAGAAGCGCCUCCUGCAGCAGAUCGACGCCGCGGCGGAGGAGAUCGCGUGCCUGCGGGGGCGCGUGGCGGAGCUCGAGGACGCCGCCGCGCACGGGGAGAGGGACGUCGCCGAGAGGGACGAGAUGAUCGGGUUCAUGUCGCGGAGGAUCGAGGAGGAGGGAUUGGGUGGGAGGGAGAGGGAGCGCUACGGUAAGAAGAGUGAAGAGUGGUUCCAAAAAGUAGAAGAUAUGGUGGGGUCCACCGCUACGAGUUUGGAAGAAGAAGAAGAGGCUGAUGUUAUCUAUGAAGAACAGCAUAGUCAGCAUUUCGGGAACAAUAAUGGCUUUGAUUCUAAGUUUAUGGCAUCUGCUUCUAAGUUCUGGGCUGAGAAAGCCUCACUUUGUCAGGAUGUACAGUAUGAAUCCCUUGAAUCAAUGUAUAAUACAAAGCAUUUUGUUGCAAGAAGGGAGUCUCCCUGGAAGGUUGAUGGUGAUUCUGCUGGAGUUUCCUCUAAACUUAAAUUACUUGAACAGGACUUACUAAAUCUGGAGAAGAUUGGUAAGAAUGAUCCAUCCAAGGUGCCAUCCUUGAUUAAGAAGCAGGCAAAGAGAUAUCAAGCAAUUUCAGAAAAAAUUGAUGAUUUAUGCAGAAGAAUAGCUAAUGAUCCUUGCGAACCCUCCCUCAGUACAGAAUUUCGAACGCAAACUCAAACGGAGUUUUUACUGGAAGCAUUUCGGCUUCAACUGGGAGCAUCUGAAACUGGACAGAAGCUAAUGGCACUGCAAACUGAAAUUGGGAAGAGCCAUUAUAUUUAUAGGGAUGAGUUAAGCGAGACUACACUGACCACAAGACGGUCUUUCGACUCUAUUAGGAACAACUUCAAAGAAAUCCAGCGAAAUCUGGAGAUAUGGUUGGCCAGAAUUAUUGGCGAUCUUGAGGGGAUUCUUGCGAGGGAAGGUGCAUCUCGUGUAAGAGAAUAUUACAUUUCUAGAUAUCCUUUUGUUCAAUAGAAUAUGAGAGACUGGUGGUAGCUAGCUGUAGGAAAAGCCUCACCUCUCAAGCUAACAAGUUAUCUCUUGUGGGUAUGUAUAUUCUUUCAACUCAUAAAAGUGGUAGUUGGAUAUCCCUCUGAAAUUAAAUCAUACCAGUGCUUCUUAUGUUGGCAUAUUCUUGAAUAUGUUUUUGUUCCCUUCACCCACGUGGACAUCCAUCUUAAAUGCAUUUGUCCAUUUGCUGAUGGAACCACUCAUUUGUGACAGCAAAAAAAACAAGAAUAACGGUUAAGAUGCAUUA